AUGAAAGAAACAAUCUCUGAGAAACUUGAGAAAUAUUUCUUUAACCUUCAAUAUGAAGAUUAUGAUAAGGCUGACCAAAAACUUAUUCGACUUUUAUCUUUAGAAACUGAAGAAUGCGAAGAAUUGUAUCAAAAAGAACCCAAACUUUUUGAUCAAUAUUUUAGAAUGACUAAAAUAGAUGAACCUGAUACUGAAUCAGAACAAGAAGAUAACUUUAAAACUAAUACAAAAACUGUUAAGUUCGAAUAUUCAGAUAUGGAAGAUGAUGAAGCAGAAUCUUCUUAUACAGCCGCUAGAAGAAGCAAUAAAAAGAAAUAUGAGUUCAAAAUGCCUGUCCACAAUGGUAUUCCAAAUAGUGGUCAAGGAUCCAAUACGAUCAAUGUACUCAAUAUUGAUUGUAUCCAAGAUCUAAAACUCAGAGAAAGAGUUGUAGAAAAAUGGGUUACUGAGAUUUCACUAAUCUUACAGACAAACCCAGAUGAAUUUGAAAAAGCAAAAAAUGUUCUACUACUUUUAGAACACAAAACUGAUGGAAUUGUGCAAAAAUUCCUAAGAAACAAUAAUUGGAAUGAAGAAAUGCAUGGUUCAGAUCUUUUUGAUAAUAUCAUAAAUGUCAUAUACACUACUUUCUUAGGUCUUGAUUAUAUUUCUAAUAAAGACUUCACCAUUAAUAAGAAAGUUGACAUAGCAAGAGUUUCAAUGACAAAACUCCAAUUACAUGAUAUUAGUCUUCUCGACAAAUACACAUGUAUGUAUGAAUCAUAUCUGUAUGAUAUUCCACAAAGAAGUGAAUAUGCGCAAUGGAUAUCUGCUUACCUCAUGAAAAUUCCAAUUAUUGGAGAAACCUGUACAGACAGAUGGAAAAAAGAAGUUACUGGAGAAAUCCAGCAAACCAGUCUUUCUUAUGCAACAAAAAUUGCAAAAGAAGAAAUUGAUAGAAUCUGUCAAGACAGAUAUAAACAACAAAAACUUAAAACAAUAAGCAAAGAUUGUUGUAGCAUUCUCUCUGAUUUCAAAAACUUUGAUAUUGGAAAGAAAAAUUAUAAUAAGAAAAAGUGUUGGAUCUGCAAUGAAGAAGGACACUACGCCAAUGAAUGUCCAAAUAGAAAAAAAUACCCAGACAAAGUCAAGGUUUUACAAACCGCUAACAAUGGGGGAUAUGAAGCUCUUGAAGAAGAGUAUGAUGGUACACAACAUGUUUUUAUAUAUCAUGUUGAGACAGAAUCUUCAUCAGACACUGAUGAAUACGAAUCAACAACGGAUGACUCAGACUAG